AUGGUGAUCUUUACUACUGCCAUGUUCGGAACCUUCUACUUGACCAUUACCUUUGAAGAUCAUUCUGUAACUUUAGCAAUUGAUGGAAGGGAAGGGUGGAAUUAUGGGAUUGGGAACGAGCAUGGACGUUUUGAGUAUUAUCAUCAAGCCCAUAAUUGUCCAUACUUAACAAAUGGAACAAACUGGUCCUUGCUUAGAGGCUGCCUCCCUGACCACAAUAGUGAAAAAGGAUUGUGUCCCACCGGUAAUCAUGAUGAUGUCGAGAUGGGAAUCCCUGCAGCCAGAAGAGCAUGCAAAACUCUCUCAACCUACAAGGACGAGCUGCCUGUUCCACCUGAAGUUCGGAAGGCUUGUGCCAUGCUCAUCACCUAUGGCAUUGAAGCUGCGAAAUCUAAUGAACUCCUUGAUUGGACCUGCGAUACUUUAGAAGACGAAGAAGAAGAGUUGACUUUGAAUAUGUGGCAUCCUUCUGCAUCUCCCAGAAUUAAGAGGUGGAGCUCACUGGGGCGGUCCAAAUUGCAUUACUACCUCGUAAGAAAGUUUAGCCGUGAAGAAGAUAUCUUCCCAAUAAUUCUAGCUUUAACAGGAAUCGAAACAACCGAAGGUGUUUUAGAUUGA